CGCGUCCACAAUCCUUCUUCUCCAAACCAGGAAUCUCCGAUUUCCAAAUUCAGACGCUUGAUCGCCCAUCUUCUCUCUUCUCCAAGCGACAUAUUUUCCCGCGUCUGUCUAUCCCAACAGUUUACUUUGUCUCGCCGUCUCUUGUUGCUUUUCUACCGACAGCCUCGUUCUCUCUUUCUCGUCACCAUGUCUCACUCGACUGCGGUGGCUUGUACGCUAUGGAAUGGCCUUUUCCAAUGACAGCAUUCCAGAUACCUAUCCCACAACCAGUAGGAUCUUUUACCGUGUUUCAACAUAAUGCCAAUUGUGCCCUUGGUACCGCCCUCGAGUCGAAUUGGUUGGAUACCAUUACCUCCUGCAGGCCCAACGGCUCAUGUCCCAGCAAACCCCCAUUCUUCCAAGGCACUCGUCUGUCGAUGUGCUAAUUUGGAACACUUCUGGGUCGGGGGUUUUUAUCCUACAUUCUGCGUUGCUUCGAUCUUCUUCCGCUCCGUGUCUCUCGAGCGCUGAGUGAUCGGAUCUAUACCCAUGGCCAUCGCGAAUGUAUUCUUCCUGCAUCCAGCCAUCCGAGCUAUCCGGACAUAAUUACAGGGUGCUAUGUGAACAACAGCAUCGUCCCACCGCAGUCUGAUUAGCAUACCUUGUACGUACGGCCUGGAUGGGGAAACACCCAAAAUGACUCUGAAGCCGCGUGCCGGCAUCGUGAGUUUCUACUCUACCGGGGCUUCUCCCCCGGUUAGGCGAGCUUGCGAAGCCAUCGAGGGAUACACGAUGCCUCCUUUGUCCAAGUGCCGUCGGCCUACUACCUGCUGCACCCCGUGUACACGCCCCGUGUACACGCCUCAAUACGAGGCUUGCUCUCUUGGCUCCAACAGAGACUGAGACUUUUGACCCCCCAAACCAAUUUGUCGCAGAUUCCCAUGGCAGCUCUGCAAAAACAUCAUAGGACUCUACUACUUAUUGCAGCCGCUACCCAGUUCUCCUUCUGGCAUGGUAUUUCCUCGGCAUCUCUCAAUAUAAGCGUCUGUACGCAGUCAGCGGGCUCGAAAAGAAACGAUUGAUACCAGCCUCACCGCGUCUAUUUGUGUUUUUCUGGUCUUCAAAAGAACUCUCUACGCUGCGCCUAGGUCCCUCCCCUCACGGGAGCGGUUUCCGUCAAAUGGCUGGCGUUCAUAGAGUUUCAAGUAUCUCAGGCGGUCACAACCAUGGCAUUCAGUUUCUCAAUGAAGAUUGGAAUGAGAGUAUCUCCAACGACCAAACAUAUCUCCUAAAAUGGAACGAAUCUAUUUCUGGCAAUUUGUCUAAAGAUCUUGGUCUGUUCACAGUAUCUUAUCCAUCAAACGGAACUAUCGUAUAUCACCUCGCAACAAACCUUACAGGUAUGGAGAUGCCGUGCAGCAACCUCUGCUGGAGCACAAUUGAAGCUCUGUAAUAUGGAGUACAGUUCGGUAUAUCGAAAAAGCACACCGUACUAACGCCAUGUUAUCACAGAUUAUAUGGAAUCUAGCUCUUGUCAAUGGAAACCACACGAGUUGAAUGAUGGACUAUAUGCACUCUGGCUCUCCACAACGGAUGUUGACGGUUUCACCAACUGGACGGUAUCUCCUCCAUGGAAGGCCAAAAUAAACCAGCAACAGGAAGAACCUGUUGCCUCUCGACUUGCGCCAUACAUUGCUCCCAUCUCAGCGUUACUCUUGAUAUACGCCCUCUGCCUAGGUUUAUAUUGGAUAGUUAAGAAACGGCGUGCUAAGAGGCGAGCGGCCGAAGCUACUGAGAAAGCUGCUCGAGCGAGACGCACGAAGCAAUUUAAACAGCGAGGACGCUAUGCGUCGACGACCGCGCAGCCCUCGAUACGCAGCCCGUCAGUCAAUACGGUCACCUACGAUAUUUUGGAAGAAAAUAAUCCCCAAAAGAAAGACGAGAUAUUCAUAUAUUCAGCCGCGGGUGCGAAUAUGCGACGUGGCUCUGAUGACGUUAUUGAUUCGCCGUUAUCCGAUGCCACUCUCAUUGAAGAACAUGAACAAGCAUUGGCUAAUGCCGCUGUACGGUUUUACCGUUAGCAAGAAAACGAAAAGCGCGAGGUUGCAGUAAAUGGAUGACAGAAAGAAGCUAUCGGCGGCAGAGAGUUGACAUUUUACUUUUAGAUGGCGCCUAGUAACAGCGCUCUAUGCCUCACGGGACUUGUCUAUUACCCUUUAUCUUUAUCCCUUAUAUUUACUGGAUCGAUUUGUUUAUUCGGAGUUAUUGGCAUCAAAAAAGCAGCCGGGAAGGACCGGGUUGGAAAUUCGAACUAGGAGUGGCAUGGAUUGGGAUUCAUCUUGGCGUUUGUUGUUUGGGAUCUUGGGGAAAGAUGUAGUCUUGUUUGCCUUGGUUGCUUAACCGUAAUAAUGAUACCCUAUGAGUAUUUUCCCCCUUU